AUGAAAAAGAAACAUAAGAAGAAAGAGAGGAGAGACGUGAGAAAAAAAAGACAGGAAAAGAUGAGAAAAAUGUUUGAGGAGUUCCACAAACCAGCAGUUAGUCCAUUAUCGGCGUCGGAAGAAUCAGGUCCAGCAAAUGAGCAUUACCAUCUGAUGGAAUCAGUUGGGAAAAGAAAAAGAUUACUACCAAUCAAAGAAGACAUUGAAGAUAAAAUUUCAAGAAAAAAACCUAGAGAGUACGCACAAGAAUAUAGAGAUCGAAUAAAGAGAAACACAGAAAUUUAUAAACUGCACAGACAUAAUGAAACGAUCCGUAUCAAGGAAUACAGAGAAAAAGGUCAGACAGAGGAGGCAAAGCAAAGGAACAGAGAUUUGCAGAGGGCUCGACAGCAAAAAUACAGAGAGAGACUUAAAGAUCUUGGAAAAACCAAUCCUUACUCAAAAGAAAACUGCAAUAAAUUCCAAACGAAGGGAAAAAAAAAACCAACAAAAAACCUUAGAAGCACUGCAACUUCGAUUGUAGAAACAAAACCAGCAAAACCAGCAGAGGAAAUAUCAACAAAUGCAUUCAGAACAGCAAAGUCCCGUGAGAAGAAAAAAUUAUCUGUAUGUGUAAACGCUAUGCCAAAUAACCCCAGUUUAAGGGCAGCAGCUAUUGAGGCAUCUAUUAAUGAACAGUCGCCAGGAACAAAAAAAUGUAUUCAUGACAAAUUAGGUGCAUCAAGUCCUUGCACGAAUGCAAGAAGAAAACUAGCAAUGGAUGCUUUUGGUUCUGUUAAAGAUGCUCUAGAAAAACUUAAAAGAAAAAGAAGCAAAAAAGACAUUCGCUCCAGACGAGUAAUUGCUCUUGCAUUAAAGAUCAAAGGAAAAGCAUUCAUGAAAUCAGCCGGAAUCUCGCGGAAACUUGGUAAAAGAUUAGAAAGUUGCAAUAGAACAGGCUGGGAGGAAGAAAGAAAAAAACGUAAGGAUGCUCUUACAGACGCAAAACAGGAGGAGAUAAAGAAUUUUUACGAAGAUAAUAGCAAACAUAUACCAGAUAUGCGAGGUCCAGUGAAAAGAGACAGAGAAUAUGAAGGUAGAAAAAUCAUGGAAACCUCUUUGAGAGCUAGCUAUGACAGGUAUGCAACAGAUGUACAGGACCCAGUAAGUUACGGUACAUUUGUUAGGCAUAAGCCUAGGAAAAUUCUUCCAUGCACAAAUCACAGGUUUAGAGAGUGUCUAUGUGAAUACUGUUUGAACAUUGACCUAAUGAUAAAGUCCUUAAACUCAUUUUGCACAUCACAUGAAAAUCCUGCAUGUACUAUUAUUGAUAGAUAUGCUGCAUCACGCUUAACCUUAUGCCCAAAGGUUGAUGGAAACACGUACAGAAAACCUUGUCUUGAUCGGGAAUGCACAAAAUGUGGCACAGGCAACAUUCUUCAGCAUUUUCAAACAGUCCUUGUUGAACCAUAUUGUACCACACCGGUCACCUGGUGUCAGUGGGAGAGUCGGGCAUUGGGUAACGCAUCACGAAUGAUGACUAAAGUAAAGAAAGAGAGUGUGCUGGAGGGGAUGAUAGAAGAAUUCAUUUCAAAAAUGAAAACAUUUUCAGUUCAUUUGUUUAAUGCCAAAUGGCAGUACGAUAUGUAUAAACAGUUAGUCAGAGAAAUCCCAGUAAAAACUGCUGUUUUCUGUAUGGAUUAUGCCGAAAAUUUCACCUGUAAGGCUCAAGAUGCUCCGCAGGGAUUUCAUUGGAGCAAUAUUCAUUGCACCAUCCACCCAAUUGUUGCAAACUAUAUUUGCAAUGAAUGUGAACAAGACCCAGUUCCAGUGAUUACUGAUUCCAUCAUCUAUAUCUCGGAUGACUUGACACAUGAUCAUCAUGGUGUCCAACAUUUUGUUGGCCUUUCCAUCGAAAAGCUCCAAGAAGAAUGCAAUGGCACUUUGCAAACGGUCAUACAGUUCUCAGACGGCGCCCCAACACAGUACAAGAACAAAAUAAGCUUUACACAUUGUUCCUUUUCAAAUGAGGACUUUGGUAUAGCUACAGAGAAACACUUCUUUGGCUCACGACAUGGUAAGGGCCCAUGUGACCGUGAAAUUGGUGUUUUAAAAAAAACUGCAAAAGCAGCAGUAGCAGCAGGUAGUGAAUGCAUCCUGUCCCCUAGAGAGUUUUUCAAUUACUGUAACAGUAAACUGAUUCUGCCUAGAAAGCCAGAGGAACACUCACAUACACGAAGGAGGUUUGUUUUUGUUGAAAAAAAAAAUGUAAAAAGAAAUUUUCCAGAAAGAACAGAAGUAAGGCCCUUGAAAGACACCAGAAAAUUCCAUUCCAUACGGUCUGUGCAACCCCAUGUUAUCAGUACAAGAGAAAGAAGUUGCUUCUGUGAGAGCUGCAUGGGUAUUGUCCAGGAGCCUUGUACAAAUGCAGAGAUAACCGGCAAUUGGUCAGUAGCUAGGUUAGCACCGCUUGCAGAAAACAGACGUAAGCAGACUAUACCUAGAAAUAGACCUCAGCCAGUACCAGAUGAAGGUCAGGAGGAACAACCAGUACCAGAGGAACAAGAGGGACAACCAGUACAUGAUGAAGGUCAGGAGAAACAACCAGUACCAGAGGAACAAGAGGAACAACCAGUACAUGAUGAAGGUCAGGAGGAACAACCAGUACCAGAGGAACAAGAGGAACAACCAGUCCAUGAUGAAGGUCAGGAGGAACAACCAGUACCAGAGGAACAAGAGGAACAACCAGUCCAUGAUGAAGGUCAGGAGGAACAACCAGUACCAGAGGAACAAGAGGAACAACCAGUCCAUGAUGAAGGUCAGGAGGAACAACCAGUACCAGAGGAACAACCAGUACAUGAUGAAGGUCAGGAAGAACAACCAGUACCAGAGGAACAAGAGGAACAACCAGUACAUGAUGAAGGUCAACCAUAUCCAGAUAUAGAUAAAGCCGAUACAGAUCCAUUCUACCUAGAGAAUCUGUUGUUCCCUUCUACAGGACUUUGGGACACUGAUAUGUUUCUACAAGAUGGCGAGUUAAUAAAUACAAGUGACAGUUAUAGCCCAGUAUCAACCGCCACAGUCCAACAUAUUCUGGAGCUCCUUCCAGAGAGUCCACAGAAGAAACCUGAACCAAGAUUUUGGAAGUAUAUGAAGACAGUGAGGAAUUGUGGUUGACAUACAUGAAAGAAUGUUCUGUUGGACUGUAUCAAUGGCCAAAAAAGACUGACCGCAGCUUGGAGAAUUUUUCAAGCAUUAUUAAAUCAUUGCCAAAACCAGUGAUCUCGGAAAA